AUGGUGUCUUGUGGACCUAAGCUGACCGGUAUCUCUCUGUCAGUGCUGGGCUGGGUGCUGAGUGUGAUCAGCUGUGCUCUGCCGAUGUGGGUGCUCUCCAACUACAGGGGCCCCAUGAGGGAAUGCAUGGUCUUCAGCUACAGUUAUAAUAACUAUGAAGAUAGGGACCCCAGGAGGGAAUGGUGUGGUCUGUGGAUGAGAUGUGAGUCCCACAGCACAGGACAGAUGCAGUGUCGUUUCCAAUCCUCCGUCAAUCAAGAACUGCAGACCCUCAGAGCACUCUCUGUCCUCGCCAUCAUCUUGGGAGUGGUGGGAGUCUUCAUAAACAUUGUGAGAGUAAAAUGCACCAACUUCAUUCAUAAUGAGAGAGUCAAAGCCAGGUUGAUGGUUUCCUCUGGAGGGAUGUUCAUCACUGCAGCUCUGUUUCAACUGGUGACUGUUUUCUGGAUAGUACUUGACAUCACUUUGCGGUAUCGUGACCCUGGAGAGAAGACCGGAGUGUCUCUGUAUCUGGGUUGGGCUGCCUCUGUCCUGAUGCUUAUUGGAGGGUCCAUUCUCUGCUGCAUCUGCCCUCCAGAAGAAGACAAACCAAGAAAGUACAACAUACAUGGUCAAAGUCAUGUUGAAUACUCUGUGGCUCCGAAGUCAACAACUCAAAGCUCCAACAUCAAAAUAUAUGAGGUGUGAGGUAGGAAGACAACAUCAAAGAGGGAUGAGGAAGAAUUGUGACUUGUGUUUUUUUCUCUUUAUUUUCUUAUGUUUUAUAAUUAUUUCUACAUUUCAGGGAAAAUGUAUCUAAAUGUAUUUCAGUAAUAAUCAAACCAGUUUAAAUGGAGUCAUUACAACAGUUUAAUGAAAGAGGAAAAAGCCAAACCUGUUGUUGUAGAUAUUUAGGAUCAUGAAUAUGUGUAGAUG